AUGAAUAAGUGUUAUGAGUUUGAAACGCAGAGCUCAGUGGAGAACUCGACAGUCUUCUUGUCCUCUCAUGCACGUCUGAUGUUGGAGACACUGAUGGUCAUCAUGAGUCUGGGUGCAGUGACAGGAAAUGUUCUGGUUAUUGUGAUUGUGGCAGCCACAAAAACUUUCCACACUGUGACCUCAGUCCUGAUCAUUAAUCUGGCUAUUAGUGAUCUGUUAGUUGGAGUCGGUGUUAUGCCGUUUGUGGCGGUUUCCAUUAUGAACAACGGAUGGGUCAGCUGCAAUGAUCUCUGUCUAUUUGUUGGUUACACCUCUUCUGUCUACUGCACCGUGUCGGUCUUAACUCUUGCCGCUAUCGCACUGGACCGUUACUUCUCCAUCAUGGACUGCCUGCGCUACAAUUCCCGCUGCACCAUAUGGACAACAGGUUCGGCCGUGUUGUGGAUCUGGCUGCAGGCUAUGGUGACCAGCUGUCCUCCUCUUUUCGGUUGGAGCGACGUGGUCUACGUGGCUCCUAUGUACAGCUGCGCUGUAAACUGGGCAAACAGCCCCAGCUACACAGUUUUUAUGUCUGUAUUAUGCUUUCUUCUACCCGGUGCAAUCAUCCUGUACUGCUAUGUGAAGAUUGUUCGUGUGGCACGCUACCAUGCCAGAAGGAUCCAUAGCUUGGAGGAACACUUCCGGACAAAGCCCACAUCGGCAUCUGUGUCGGAUCUUCAGCGUUCAUCUGCAGAUGUGGACGUUUUUGCACCCUCCAAGCUGGUGUAUUACGUGAGUGGUAGGUUUGUGGCUGACGUGCAGUUGGAGGUUCCUGGUGAAGCAACAUCUGGAGAUAUCUCAUCCACCCAAUCUGGUGGACGUCUGCACUCCAUCCUGGCUCAGCUCCACAGCAGCAGUCCUCAGCAUCCCAACCAACCUCAGCAUCACGGCAUCUUAAGAUUGUUUCUGGUCAUCGCCACCUUUUUUCUUUGCUGGACACCAUACAUUUGCGUGUCUCUUGUGCGGGCCGCUGAAACGGCUCUUUCUUGGCGCACCAGCUUCGUUCCCCCCUCAGCGGUUACGUUCUCCUACUGGCUGCUGUUGUUUAAUUCGGAUAUCAACCCGUUGCUGUACGCCCUCCUGAGCAAGCGCUUUCAGGGGGCUCUUCAGGGUUUAAGAUGCAGGAUUCAGGCCAGGCUGGGUGGAGCUGUUGCACUAGCAGGAGCUGAACGAUCUACAGGUGGAGGUGGAGCAGACAGCGACCCCACUAACAGCUCCAGAAAUGACAGUGCUCCUCUGGAGUCAACAUACUCUUCUGUCUGUACUCUAAGCUCUUCGUUCCCAAAGAACCUUGAGGAGGAGAUCAGGAAUGUUCUUCCGUCUGGAAGUGUGACGACUGCUCGGUCUGUCUGUCGUAAAUGUAGUGGGAAUAACGUUAAGACUUCAGAUCACCUGCAGGUUCCCUCCAGACAGUGUGAGAGAAACAGACUUCCCGAUUCUGCCGCAACUAAAAAGAAACAAGCAACUUUCUUUUAUGGAGAGAUUACGGUAAGAGUAGAGCAUGAUGUUUGCUGAAGAUCUUAUAUACUGCAUGUGUAACUGAAAACACAACUGCCUGUUAAUUUACAAAUGUGGACGAUUAUUUUUUUGAACUUUGAAUGAUUAUAAAACCACCAAGUAAAUAAAAUAAGUUAGCAAAAUUUUGGAAAAACCGGAAGGAUACUCUGCUCUCAAACGCUGGGGGUGUGUCCACUGUCAGCACUGAAACCACGCCCACUCGCGACAAAGCUGACGUCUCUCUCAACUUUUUAAUACAGAUACAACCUGAAUGGAUGCUCAUGGUUGUGUUAGGGGCGGGGCCACGCUCAGUGACUCCAGUGCAUCAUCGAGCCACCAUUUUAGCCACGUCCAAAUAAUCCUUCAUAAUUCAUUACUACAUAGUUUACAGACUUUCUAUUGUGCUUACAGCAAUACAUUUCUAACAUUUAUAAUGUGUUUACAAACAAUUCUCUAAAAUGACACAGACUUUGUUGUAUUA